AUGCUAAUAAUCAGUUCACUCAAUUAUCAACUUGAAGGUAAUUCGAUUGCAGGAUUGGUAAGUUUAAAAGCUGUCACAAUAUCACCAUCUUUUACCCAUCUGAAUAACAAUUCAUUAAAAUUUUAUAAUGUGCUUUCCACUGUCACUGAUAGAUCAUUGCAAGAACCUCAAAAUUUUUAUGUUGAAUGGCCACCUGAGUUUGAUUUUGAAGUUCUCUUUAAAAACCGAAAGAGAAAUAAAACCCCAAAUGAUUUCAUUCUUUUUCGUACCAAAUAUUUAGAAGGUCUCCAGCGAUGCGGGGUUAAUCGUAAGAUGACUAUCGUAAGUAAAAUGGCUUCAGCAGCUUGGAAAAAGCUAUCUGAAGAUAGGAGAAACAAAUAUAAAUCCAUAUCGUAUAAGGCAAGUCUUUACUGGGCCAAAUGGGAUCCAAAACGAAGUAAAAGAUCCGGUAUUAAAAAGUUAAGCCAUAAACUAAAUAAAAGACCCAACGCUAAAAAUCAAAGCGAUCAUGAGCAAGAACCUCAGCAGCAUGAACCUCAGGAACAAAAAUCUCAAGAGCAAGAACCUCAUGAGCAGCAAAAACCUCGGCAACAGGCUGCAGAUACGGCCCCAGAUAGUUUAAAUAUUUCAAAAUUUUUCGUAGAUUUUACUGAUGCAAAUUUUGAAACUACUUCUAUUUUUCUUGAAUGA